AUGGCUGAGAACAAAAGACAAACGGCUCUCGAAGUCGAGAUAACAAACAUGGCUGACAAAGCCACAUAUGGUGAAAUCUAUAAUACAGGACAUGGGGAGUACUCUAAACCAAAACCCCCUGACGAACAGGUACCUGUGGAACUAACAGAACAGAGGUUAGAUGCCAUCUAUGACGAAGAGCCUCUGGGAUUCGAAAAAGAUCCAGUAACGUCAAGUGCGAAGAUGUUAGCGCAAGAUCCUCUUGAAGAAAUUGAUCUCGGAAAUGGGAGUACAAAAAGAAUCACCUACAUCAGCACUAAACUGGACCCCAAGUUGAAAGUAAGAGUAAUUGAAUUUCUAAGAGAAAACAAAGAUUGCUUUGCUUGGGACUACGACGAGAUGCCUGGUUUGAAGAGGGACUUGGUCGAAUUAAAGCUGCCUAUCAAGGAUGGCAAGAAGCCCAUCAAGCAGACUCCAAGGAGAUUCGCCCAAGAGAUCCUUUCAAAGAUCAAAAAAGAGGUCGAAAUACUUCUUCGAUGCAAUUUCAUUAGGACCACAAGGUAUGUCGAUUGGAUUGCAAAUAUAGUUCCUGUUAUCAAGAAAAAUGGCUCUUUGCGAGCGUGUAAAGAUUUUCGUGAUCUAAAUGCAGCAACUCCUAAAGAUGAGUAUCCAAUGCCUGUGGCAGAGAUGCUGGUUGACUCAGCUGCAGGCUAUGAAUAUCUCAGCAUGCUUGAUGGAUAUUCUGGCUAUAACCAGAUUUUCAUUGCAGAAGAGGAUGUUUCUAAAACAGCCUUUCGAUGUCCAGGGGCAAUAGGCACUUAUGAGUGGAUAGUUAUGCCCUUUGGUCUAAAAAAUGCUGGGGCUGGAGAUUUUCUGGGCUUUGUGGUCCAUAAAAAGGGGAUAGAAAUCAAUCAGAAUAAGAUGGAGGCUAUUAUGAAGACCAAAGCACCAUCAACCAAGAAAGAAUUGCAGUCAUUAUUAGGAAAGAUAAACUUCCUAAGAAGAUUCAUCUCAAACUUAAGUGGUCGAACUCAAGCCUUCUCUCCCCUCUUACGCCUGAAACAAGGGAAGUUACAAUGGAAUGACGAACAUCAAAAGGCAUUCGACAAGAUCAAACAUUAUCUGACGAAUCCUCAUAUCUUGGCACCACCAUGUGGAAAGAAGCCUAUGAGACUAUAUAUAUCAGCUUCCGACACUACCAUAGGUAGCAUGCUGCACAAGAGAAUGAAGAUGGCGUUGAAAGAGCCAUUUAUUAUCUUAUAUUAUAUAAAACCUAUUGAUUUAUACGUCUCUUCACAUUUUGAUGUCAUCAAGUAUAUGUUAUCUAAGCCAAUAAUGCACAGUCGAAUUGGCAAAUGGGCUUUAGCACUCACUGAAUACUCUUUAACCUUUAUGCCCUUAAGGGCAAUGAAAGGACAAAUAGUAUCAGACUUUAUUGUAGACCAUGCAGUGGUCGAAAAUCCUCAACUUCAAGUUGAGUUGAAACCUUGGAGAUUAUUCUUCGAUGAUUCCACUCAUAAGGAUGGAAGUGGGGUUGGGAUCAUGUUACUAAAAAAAUUUGAAUAUAUCGACAUAAAACAUGUCCCUAGAAUAAAAAACCAAGAAGCUAAUGACUUAGCACAAAUAGCUUCAGGGUAUAAAAUUUCAAAAGAAAAGCUAGAAGAACUUGUCGAAGUAAGAGGAAAGGCAAUGGCUGCCAGAUUGUCUCCGACAGAUUUGGAAAGCACUCAGUUAGGAUAUGAUAACAAAGAGGAGUUUGAAGUACUGGCCAUUGAUACCUUAAUAGAUACAGAUUGGAGGAAUCCAAUUAUUAAUUAUCUUAAGGACCCUUCGACAAAUACAGAAAGAAAAACCAAGUACAUGGCUUUAUCUUAUGUUUUAAUGGGGAAUGAAUUAUUCAAGAAAACCCCUGAAGGGAUCCUGUUGAAAUGUUUAGGAGAAAACGAAGCUUACUUGGCAUUAUCUAGUGUACAUAGUGGAGCCUGUGGAGCAUACCAGGCAGGCCAUAAGAUGAAAUGGUUGCUUUUCAGAUAUGGAAUGUAUUGGCCCACCAUGUUAAAAGACUGUAUAGAGUUUGCUAAGGGUUGCCAAGAAUGUCAAAUACAUGCAGGAAUUCAACAUGCUCCUGCAAGUGAGCUUCAUACAAUUAUUAAGCCUUGGCCUUUCAGAGGGUGGGCAUUAGAUCUAAUUGGGGAAAUUCGACCCAAUUCAUCCAAAGGUCAAAGAUUUGGAAUCCCAGAAAGUAUAACAACAGAUCAAGGAUCAGCUUUUACUGGUCGAAAGAUGCAAGAGUUUGCAAAGGAGAUGGGUUUCAAAUUAUUAACAUCCACACCCUAUUAUGCUCAAGCCAAUGGGCAAGUCGAAGCUGCCAAUAAAGUAAUAAUUGGUUUAAUCAAAAAACAUGUAGGGAAGAAGCCAAAAAAUUGGCACAAAACUUUAGAUCAAGCACUUUGGGCUUGUCGAACCUCCCCUAAAGAAGCUACUAACACUACACCUUUCCAGCUUACAUUCGGACAUGAUGCAGUAUUACUUGUCGAAAUCUACUUGCAAUCAGUGAGAAUCCAAAGACAAGGAGAAAUUCCAUCUGACUUAUACUAG